AUGGCCGAGGGUGGUAAUUAUAAAAUUAGAGUAUCAUCCUCCAAAAGGUUGAUGACGGAUGACGACGCUUCACCAUGCGUACACCAAGUCUUGUUCAACGACGACCUUCUGAUCGAAAUCUUACUCCGUUUACCUCUUGUGUCCCUCUUUCUCUUAAAGUCCGUAUCCAAACGCUGGUUAUCUCUCAUCACCUCCCCUGUUUUCUUCAAUCUACGGGUCAUCCAGUUUCCAAAUAUCCAACCCUUGUCUGGUCUCUUUCUCCAUAAAACAAUUUCUACCAAUGACCACUUUCAACACGAUUUCGUCUCGUUGGAUAGCAGCAUCCCCGCGGGCAGUAAUGUGGAAGUUAAGCAUUCCUGCAAUGGUUUGAUUUUGUGUGUUACCCAAACUAAUCCUGGAAAAGUUUAUGUAUACAAUUCGUCCCAUAACAUGUUUAAGAUGCUUCCACCGAUAUAUGCAGAUGCUUUGAAAUCGGACCGUAUGAGAUUGGCUUAUGAACCUACAAAAUCACCACACUACAGAAUACUACAUUUUCGAUGGAUAAAUCCUCGUAGCCUUGAACGACAAAUUUACAUUCAAACAUGGGUUUACUCUUCAGAAACUGGUAGUUGGAAAUUUGGUUAUAAUUUUCCUGAAAGAUACUUUCGUAGGAAUUUUGACAGUGGAGUGUAUUGGAAUGAUGCAAUUCAUUGGUUAGAUAAUAAGAAUCGGGUUUUGCAUUUUAAUUUAGAUGUAGAGCAUCCACGCUCUAGAACUACACAACUCCCGAACACCUUGGAUAAGUUCAUCAGCCAUCAAGAGUUGUUUCACUCUCGUGGUUGUUUGUUAGUUGCUUGUGCAGUCAAUAAUCCACAUCCCAAACACUUGAAAAUUUAUAAGAUAAAGGAUGGGUAUUCUGGUUGGUCAGUGAAAUACAUUGUUAAGUACGAAGACACUGGUAUUGCGGCGUUUCUUAAAACCUGGAACAUGUCUAACGUGAGGUUUAGUUUCAAUGUUCUAUGUAUUGUAAUGGGCGAAAAAGAAGAGGAAUCGUUCUUUGUGAUGAACCUAAAGGGAAAGGUUGUAAAAUACAACCUUUUGUCGAAGACUCUUCACAUGCUCUGUGAUAUCGACAGACAGUUGAUUAAAUUCCGCACCUUUCCAUUCAUUGCAUCUUUUGCUUAG